AUGUGCAGGAUUCCUAACAGGAAUAUCCAGACCAUCAACAUCCUCUUCUCCUCCUGGGCCUUAACCUUGCUGGUGAUCAGCCUCAUCAUGGAGGAAUGGGUUGAGUUGCUUCCCAAAAUAAAAAAGAACAAGAUUAGCCACAGUCCCUGGAUGAUGUGUUGCACUGCCAUUUGGCCAGCAGCCGGCCUGGAGGCGGUCAGGGUGAUGCUCAUGGUGGUCCUCGGCCUGUCCUUCCACAUUAACUUGGUCAUGGGUCUGCAGUUCACCGCCAUGCUUCCUCAGAACAGAUGCAUCCACCUCACCAUUGCCUUCCUCAGUUUCUUCACAGGCUUCCUUCUGCUCUAUGCCCUGGUGAGAUACUACCUGAAGCUGAAGCAGGGCCAGUCCGUGUACUUCUCCAGCUUCAAGCCCACCUGGGUCUUCAUCUCGGCCUGCUUCACCGUCAUCCUCUUCCUUACCUGCGGCAUCCUCUCCGUCCUCCAGUGCAAGCCGUCCCUCCAAGACUGCAGCUGCCUGCGGCCCCGUGAGUCCAGUGAGGACCUUCCCCUGGACAGGAGCUCCAUCGAGGUCAUCUCCGCGUACACGGCCGUGCCCCGGAGCAUUGUCCGGGUGCACUCCACCAGCACCAACCCCAAGGAGGAGGACGUGCCCCACAGACAGAGCGCCCAGGAGCGCCACGUGUCCUGGGCCGUGUGA